GCGCGGCGUCGAGGCGGCAGCGGCUCCGGAGCGCGGCUGGGCGGCGGCUCCGCCCAGGGCAGUCCCGGGCAGCGCGGGCCGGGACGAGGAGCCAGCUCUUCCUUCUCCAGCUCUCAUCCCUACUGAUCAAGGUUUCACUAAACUGCCCUAGAUCAACCAGCUGGGGACCCUGUUCCCUGCCCCCUUGUGCUACACGUUGGAUCUGAUACUCAGGAAAUGCUUGUCUCCUGCUGUUGAUGAAUAAUUUCAGAGUACUAUGGAUCAUGCUGAAGAAACUGAAAUCCUUGCAGCAACUGAGAGGUACUAUGUGGAAAGGCCUAUCUUUAGUCAUCUAGUCCUCCAGGAAAGACUGCACAAGAAGGACAAGAUUUCGGAUUCCAUUGGGGAUAAGCUGAAACAGGCAUUCACAUGUACUCCUAAGAAAAUAAGAAAUAUCAUUUAUAUGUUCUUGCCCAUAACUAAGUGGUUGCCAGCGUACAAUUUCAAGGAGUAUGUGUUGGGUGACUUGGUCUCAGGCAUAAGCACCGGAGUGCUUCAGCUUCCUCAAGGUUUAGCAUUCGCAAUGCUGGCGGCUGUCCCUCCUGUGUUUGGCCUGUACUCUUCGUUUUACCCUGUUAUCAUGUAUUGCUUUUUUGGAACCUCCAGACACAUAUCCAUAGGUCCGUUUGCUGUUAUUAGCCUGAUGAUUGGUGGUGUGGCUGUUCGAUUAGUACCAGAUGAUAUAGCCGUUCCCGGAGGAGUAAAUGCGACCAAUGGUACGGAAUUUAGAGAUGCCUUGAGAGUGAAAGUUGCCAUGUCUGUGACCUUGCUUGCAGGAAUCAUUCAGUUUUGCCUAGGUGUCUGUAGGUUUGGAUUUGUGGCCAUAUAUCUCACAGAGCCUCUGGUGCGUGGGUUUACCACUGCAGCAGCCGUGCAUGUCUUCACCUCCAUGUUAAAAUACCUGUUUGGAGUUAAAACAAAGCGGUACAGUGGGAUCUUUUCAGUGGUGUAUAGUACAGUUGCUGUGUUGCAGAAUGUUAAAAACCUCAACGUGUGUUCCCUAGGCGUCGGGCUGAUGGUUUUUGGUUUGCUGUUGGGUGGCAAGGAGUUUAAUGAGAGAUUUAAAGAGAAAUUGCCGGCACCCAUUCCUUUAGAGUUUUUUGCGGUGGUAAUGGGAACUGGCAUUUCAGCUGGGUUUGGCUUGCAUGAAUCGUACAAUGUGGACGUCGUUGGAACAUUGCCUCUGGGGCUCCUACCUCCAGCCAAUCCAGACACCAGCCUUUUCCACCUUGUGUACGUGGAUGCCAUCGCCAUAGCCAUUGUUGGAUUUUCAGUGACCAUCUCAAUGGCCAAGACCUUGGCAAAUAAACAUGGCUACCAGGUCGAUGGCAAUCAGGAACUCAUUGCCCUGGGACUGUGCAAUUCCACUGGCUCGCUCUUCCAGACUUUCGCAAUUUCAUGUUCCUUGUCUAGAAGCCUCGUUCAGGAGGGAACUGGAGGGAAGACACAGCUUGCAGGUUGUUUGGCCUCGUUAAUGAUUCUGAUGGUCAUAUUAGCCACCGGAUUCCUCUUUGAAUCAUUACCCCAGGCUGUGCUGUCGGCCAUUGUUAUCGUCAACCUGAAAGGAAUGUUUAUGCAAUUCUCAGAUCUCCCCUUCUUCUGGAGAACCAGCAAAAUAGAGCUGGUCAUCUGGCUUAGCACUUUCGUUUCCUCGUUGUUCCUGGGAUUGGACUAUGGUUUGAUUACUGCCGUGAUCAUCGCGCUGAUGACUGUGAUUUACAGAACACAGAGUCCGACCUACACCGUCCUUGGACAGCUUCCUGACACUGAUGUGUAUAUCGAUAUAGACGCAUAUGAGGAGGUGAAAGAAAUUCCUGGAAUAAAAAUAUUCCAAAUAAAUGCCCCAAUUUAUUAUGCAAAUAGUGACUUGUAUAGCAAUGCAUUAAAAAGAAAGACUGGAGUGAACCCCUCAUUCAUACUGGGAGCAAGAAGAAAGGCCAUGAAGAAGUACGCUAAGGAAGGAGGAAAUAUAAACAUUGCCAAUGCUACUGAUGUCAAAGCGGAUGCAGAAGUAGAUGCAGAAGAUGGUACCAAGCCUGAAGAAGAGGAGGAUGAAGUAAAAUAUCCCCCAGUAGUCAUCAAGAGCACAUUUCCUGAAGAACUGCAAAGAUUUAUGCCCCCAUUGGAAAACGUCCACACCAUCAUUCUGGAUUUUACACAAGUCAAUUUUAUUGAUUCUGUUGGUGUAAAAACUCUGCAAGGGAUUGUAAAGGAAUAUGGAGAUGUCGGUAUUUAUGUGUAUUUAGCAGGAUGCAGUGCACAAGUUAUAAGUGACCUCACUCGAAAUCGGUUUUUUGAAAACCCUGCCUUACUGGACCUGCUGUUCCAUAGCAUUCAUGAUGCAGUUUUAGGCAGCCUCGUUCGAGAGGCUCUUGAGGAAAAGGAAGCCGCGGCCGCCACGCCGCAGGAGGAUUCAGAGCCCAACGCCACUCCUGACGUCUAGAUAUGGAAGUCAGCCGGGGAUGGGGUAUGAGCCUCUCGUGGAAUCACUCAUGUACACAUUUUAAAUACUAGACACUAGAUUUUUUUUCUAAAGUUAAACACUAGUAGUCGAGGCUUGAUUUGGAGGGUGAAUGACGCAUAGCAAGAUGUAUCUUACUUGUGUGUUUUUUUUAAUCAACUAUUUCCAAGAUUAAUUGGCCUCUUGCCUGCAUUUAUUACACAGUGACAUUUCUGUUACUUUCUGUUAUCUUUGUCAGCCAAGCACUUAAGAAUUUUUUCCCUUUAAGUAUUUUACCUACAAAUCAGAUAGGCUGUCACCAGAUGGGUAGUGGUUCCUUGCUUUUGUACUUGUUGGUCCACAGACUUUCUGUAAUCAGAAUUAUCUAACCAUGGGGGCAUACCCACAAUUUUCUAGCAGUUCUUUUAAAAUAACCUUUUAUUAUAAUAGAAGCAAUACAAGUACAUUGCAGAAUAUUAGAAAAAAGAUAGACAAGCAAAAAUAAGAAAUAAAAACAUUAUAUGGCACCACUCAAAGAUUAUCACUAACACCUUAAUGCAUAUCCUUCCAGAUCUUUCUCUAUGCACACGAGGUCUGACAAUUAAGUUCAUGAACUUGUUGCAACAAUGUUGCUAACCUUUUUUGAUACCAGAGGGAUUAUUCAUUAUGAAUUUGUACCAACUGAACAGUUAACCAAGUUUACUAUUUG